AUGGCACAGCAGUACGCCGAGAUGGACCCCGACGAGAUAGAGCAGGACGCCUACGAGAUCGACACCGCCAGCUCCUCCCAGACCAGCACCCUCACUUGGAUCAACUGGUACACAUCCCUCACAGGCCACGACUAUUUCUGCGAAGCCCACGAAGAAUUCAUCGAGGACGACUUCAACUUGACAGGCCUGCAGAGUAUGGUGCCCUUCUGGAGGGAAGCCUUGGAUAUGGUCCUCGACGUUGAGCCUGAAGAAGAUUCAUCAAAGAUCCCAGACGUGUCUAUCGUAGAGUCUUCUGCCGAGCUGCUCUACGGCCUCGUUCAUCAACGAUUCAUCCUAACCAAAGCCGGUCUCAGCGCCAUGGUGGAGAAAUACGACCUCGCCCAUUUCGGCGCCUGCCCCCGCGUAUUUUGCAACGCCACCCCCGUCCUCCCCUGCGGGCGGUCGGAUAUGCCGGGGAUCGAUACGGUCAAGCUGUAUUGCCCGAAUUGCGGGGAUAUGUAUACGCCGCCGAGCAGCAAGUAUCAGAAUGUUGAUGGUGCAUUCUUCGGCACCUCCUUCGCCCCGCUCUUCUUCCAAACAUACCCAGAACUCCACUCUGCCCCUUUCGUAUCCCCACCCCCGCCCCCUUCCUCUUCUUCUUCUUCCGCCCCCACGCCCCCCACCCCCCACCCCCACCCCCAAGCCCACGCCCACGCCCACGCCACCCCCCACCCCAACGCCAACGCCAACCCAAACCCGCACGGCGGCCAGAAACCCGCCCUCGGCAAAGUCUACACCCCAAAGAUAUACGGUUUCCGCGUAUCGGAGCAGGCGCGGAGCGGCCCGAGGAUGGGGUGGUUGAGGGAGAGGCCGGCGAAUGUUGAUCAGUUAUCUCAAGUGGACUAUAGGGGGAGGUGGAAGGUGGGGGGUGGUGUGGCCGCCGGGGAAGGGGAAGGAGAGAAGGAUGGGGAGGAGAAGGAUGGAGGGGGAGGGGGAGGGGGAGGGAGGGGAAAGAAGGAGAAGGAGAAGGGAAGGUUGUUUGAUGAGGAUGAAGAUGAAGACGACGACGAGGAGGAAGAAGAAGAGGAGGAAGACGCCGGGGUGGGCGGGAAGGGCGGGGUGGGCGGGAAGGUUGUGCCGGAGAGUAGUGUGGCGGGGUCUGGGAGAUGGUGA